AGAAGAUGGAGAGAUGAUGGAGAGAAGAUGGAGAGAAGAUGGAGAGAUGAUGGAGAGGUGAUGGAGAGAAGAUGGAGAGAAGAUGGAGAGAAGAUAAAGUUUGUUCAUCUCACGUCCACAUGAAGAAAACAGUCACAUCCGUUUCCUGAACAGCAGCGUCAUGUUGGCCAGGAAGGGUCUCCUGCCGGACGGCUUCCUGCUGACCCGUCUGGCUGAGGACCAGAACCAGCCGAACCGCAGCCGGUCUCGAUCUCAGCGAGCUCGCUUCAUCACCAAGACUGGAUCCUGCAACGUGGCUCACAAGAACAUCAUGGAGCAGGGUCGGUUCCUGCAGGACGUCUUCACCACCAUGGUGGACCUGAAGUGGCAGCACUCCCUCCUCAUCUUCACUUCGGCCUUCCUCUGUUCCUGGAUGCUCUUCGCCAUGAUCUGGUGGCUCUUGGCCUUUGCCCAUGGAGACCUGGAGCCACGUGACCCUGACGGCGAGCCGGGCCCCGUCCCCUGCGUCACCGCCAUCCACUCCUUCACCUCCGCCUUCCUCUUCUCCAUUGAAGUCCAGGUGACCAUCGGUUUCGGAGGCAGGAUGGUGACGGAGGAGUGUCCCCUGGCCAUCACCGUGUUGAUCAUCCAGAACAUUCUGGGGCUCAUCAUCAACGCUGUAAUGCUUGGCUGCGUCUUCAUGAAGACAGCUCAGGCCAACCGCCGCGCAGAGACACUCAUCUUCUCCAGAAAUGCCGUCAUCGCACCUCGAAACGGUCGGCCGACCUUCAUGUUCAGAGUCGGAGACCUGAGGAAGAGUAUGAUCAUCUCUGCCACUGUCCAGCUGCAGGUGAUCCGACGGACGGUCACGGCGGAGGGCGAGGUGAUCCCUGUGUGUCAGCUGGACAUCCAGGUGGAGAAUCCUCUGAGGAGCAAUGGCAUCUUCCUGGUUUCUCCUCUGAUCAUCAGCCACACCAUGGAGAGAGGGAGCCCCCUCUACGAGCUGUCCGCCCAGUCGCUGGCGGGAGAGGACCUGGAGAUCAUCGUCAUCCUGGAAGGCGUAGUGGAGACCACAGGGAUCACCAUGCAGGCUCGCACCUCCUACACCCCCGAGGAGAUCCUGUGGGGGAGGCGCUUCGUCUCCAUCAUAACGGAGGAGGAAGGUCGCCACUGCGUUGACUACUCCAAGUUCGGCAACACGGUCCCCGUCCGGAUGUCGUCUCUCAGCGCCAAGGAGCUGGACCAAACCAGAGGCGUCCAGGAGGGGGGGUCCGAGACACAGCUGCAGGGGUGGGGGUUGGUUCGAGCUGGCAGAGGAGGUUUCCGCAGAGGAGGCAGAGCCUGCGACAGCUCCGCCCCUCAGCCAUGGUAUGCCCAAUCAGAUAAACCGGAGAGAGUGGCGGAGCAGAAUGGACAAAAGAAGACGGUGCAGCUGGAGGUCAUCGGACGACAGAUGGAAGAGGACAGACUGGGAGACACGAGUGACUGAAACAGUCCCAGGACAAAAUGUCAACAAACACAAUCAUCUGAUGGACCCUGAUGCCCUGAAUGAACGAUGGUGUAUAAACAAUAGAUACAAGAUAAAUAUAAAUGUACGAUGAAUAUAAGAUUAUUUCAUAGGCUUUUACUUGAUUAAGUUAUUUUCUUCUAAAUAUGAUCGGAGACGAUGCUGAUGACUUUGAGUGACUGUGAUUAAACUUCGAUCCUCCGUGUUGUGGAAACUGUUCUGAUCGAUGGUCACCUCGUCAGUGAAGACAGAGUUCAGGAGUCUUUUAACGUCUGGUGCUGAAAUAUUUCUUGAAGCUURACGAGGAGGAAAUCAGAAUUCAUCCACACAACAUCUGAGCAUGAAGCUCUCUCACACUCUGAAGUCUGCUGCUGCCGUCACACUCCAACAGAUCAUUUCAUCUGUGGUCUGCUCGUUCCUCUCAAGUGUAGCUUCUGGUUCUGGAGACAGUGUCUGGUCACAGUCUCGUAUCUGUGAUGUCCAGGGAGGGAAGCCUUUGACCUUCACCAAGCUCUCACACUUCUCAAACAGCCUGUUGCCCCAGAGAGGACACCAUGAGAGGACACGAGACAGUGUCUACGACAAGACAGUCGGGAUGAGACGUAAAGUUAGUGCUGUUGUUGUUGUUGUUGUUGUUGUUGUUGUUGUUGUGUUUCCUCCUCCGAUAUAGUUUCACAUAAACUGUAACAUUUGCUCAUGAGUCAUAAUGAAUAUUAUUAAUAAUGUAUGAAAAUAUGUAUAUCA